UUUGCAACAACAGUCACCUCAAGGAACUUCAUAUUGUAAAAUAAAGACCCUAGAGUACAAAAAACAGGCAAGCAAACAAACAAUAGGGAAAGACCCUUUUUGCAGAGUGCAUACUUUUACUAGUAGAUAUCACGACGGUGUCAACGAUGCUGAAACUAAAGCACUUUUGUGUUAGCUGUGCAUUUUUUUCCCAAGAAAAGAAGAGGAUAAAAACUUUGUUGUGAUUUUUUCCCCAUAUAAGGUCAAACUUUGCCCCCAGAGAGGGGGCCUGAUUCACCUUGACUGGUAACCAUUGGUAACCCUCAUUCACCACACGUAGGAACUUUAUUUUUGUGAAGCUGCUUCAGCACAAUUCCUGUGCUCAGUCUCUUCCUUAUGUUAGCAGAAGGUCGUAAACUAUAAUGAUUUAUUACUAUACAUAUAAGAAAGUAUAAGCAGCUUUUAAAACUUGAAGCUAUUUGACUAUUAGCGUAUCACAUGUGACAACUAGGAUAUGUUCCACUCUCAUCCCCGCCUUCCACCCACCCCAAACCCUGAAUUAGACGGAUAAGAAUCCAGGGAGAAAGAAACUGGAUGGAUGGCAAACACAGCUGCUUUCAUUUAUUUACCCUGCAAUUAUUCUAAAGCAUAAUGUUUAGUGGAAAUAGGUAGGUAAAUGUCAGCAACACUCCAAAUGACAGGAGGCGUAAUCAGACAGAGCAAAUGCAGGCUUCUGUGUGGGUGAGCAGCAUCUCUCAUGUGUGCUGUUUAGCUAUAGAGUUACAUGCGAUAGAAGGGAUAAAUGCUUAAAGACUUCGCUUGGAAUACAAAGAUCGUCCUUUGAUAUGUGCAUUCAAUAAGACUAUAGAGUAUAGAUUUCACUAAUGCAGGCAUCGGAUUAUAGUAUUCAACUCUAUGCAAUGUAUCAGUGAAGAAAAUAGCCACAUUAACAUUAUACACAUUAUAUCUCAAAGAAAAGCACUCCUCAAAGUAAUCAGAUUACUGCUGCAAUAUCUUCUUAUUAAAUUAGUCACACAUUCCCUCAAUAUCUAAUAUUGUUUGAAGUCACAUGACAAGACAGCAUUUUACACAAAAGGUGUUUAUCUAGUGAGCUUCUGAAGUAGAACAAAGACUCUUAGUUUUAAAUGUAAUGGAGUUAAAAUUCUACUUUUCUUACAGAAACGUCAACGCAGGCAAAUAAAGCUGUUCAUACUGGGUCACGUGGCUUCUUAUCGCAGCUCUACUCCCCAUCUUGCAGAGAUGAUAAAAUCUUGCAUAGCUGCAGCUUUUAAGAUGAAAUACGUGCAAGUUUCAAGUUAUAGCCGAUGGAAAAAAAACACUUGCAGCGCAUUAAAAAUUCAACUUUUCUACAUAAAAAAAAAAAAAUCAGUUUAGGGGUCAAAACAUGGGCUAAAAAGUGGAGCAGAGAAACGACCCUGCUGAUUAUGUGCACAGUGUGCUGCUCGGAGCGUGGGUGCUGGGGUGUUUUCUACUGCUAUAGUUGGAUGAACACUUGAGGAAACAGUGCAUCUGUCCUCUGCGAUCCUGCGCGCUGAAGUUGGACAUUCUGGGAAUUUUCUUGCGUCCGUUCGAAAAAACUUGGUCGUCCAAUCCGUGUGCAGCUCCUGCACACUGGCUCCUCCUUCCCCUCUCCCUCUGCCUGCUCCCACAUGUAACGCUAUCGCUGCCUCUCUGUUGCAUUGUCUCAUUGGGGACGCAGCGCACGGAGUCCAGCGCUGCGGACAACUCCGGCGGACCUGCGAGCUUUAAAGUGACAGGGGAAGGAAAAAUGGACAAUGUCGAGCGGAAAUGAAAACCUGGGAUAGUAUGAGUCAUGGCUCGUUGAGGUGUCUUCAGUCUGCCGGUGGAUUCAUUAAUUCCAGCCCUGUGUCAGUCAGUCAGCGGGGCUGCCUGAAGCCGCGAGGCUACACUGCACGUUAGAAUGAGCCGCUAUCCUUGAUGUUGCGUUAAACCAAGCAGCUGCUAUGUUGAAAUCCCUCAUUCGGACCUGUGUGGCUCUACCUGGUGCUGGACCCUAGUCCGUUCCUUCCCUUAUCCCGGUGUGCGGUAACUGAGUGGUGGUCAGCGGUGCGCCCUGAGGAGGAUGGCCGCCCGCCGCGGAUGCGUGAACUCGCUCUGGUCGGGCACCGAGCGCGUCCGCAUCGGAGAGCGCCUCAAAGCGACGCUGGCCGGAGUGAUGGAGCUGGAGGUGCUCAGGUGCAAACACCUGGAGAUGGUGGACGCCGCUCUGGAGGAUCGACCGCCCGUUGCCGCCAACGCUGAGGAUCCACGGGCGGCGGAGGAGGAGGAGGAGGGGAGAGAGACCUCGGAAAGCGGCGCAAUGGAUGGCGAGCAUGGCUCUGCGACAUCCCGCCGGCAACAGGAUCCUUCUCCCUCUGACACCGCCUGUCAGAGCAGCCCAGAGGAAUGCGGGGGUAAUUCAGGGGACGGGACAGCUCACCUCUCAUCGGGCAGAGGGAGUAGCUCACGUUGGUCCACUCUUUCCUGGGAUGCCCCCUCUGACUUGCUUUCUCCUCCAACCCCGGAUCUUAAUGGUAUGAUCCCCCUGGACAGCGACUCCAGACCUAGUUCAGGUUUCUAUUCAGUGAGCGGCAGCUCCCUGUCAGACUCUUGCUACUCUGUGUCCAGCGACGCAGCCCAUGGAGGACCGGUGGCCCCUGCCAGGCCCCUGAAGCUGUGGGAGCAGGUUCCUGCGUGUGCUGACAACACUGACCUCCUGUGGCCAGAAGUUGCAGUGCAGCUGCAGCAACCUGUACUCCAGGACAGCCAGGAGGACGCUGAACCAACAGAAGAGACGCCCGUUUCUGUCCCAAAUGACCUUGAAGCAACUGGUCUGACCUUUCUGUCUGAACUUUGUUCAGGACUUGGCGAUUCCCUGAUUUCUUUCAUCCUCCCGCUCCUCAACCCUUCAUCCUCCUCCUCCACCUCCUGCUCCCAAAAUUCAAAACUCCAGCUUGACUCCCGCUACUGCACAGACCUGAUGUCCCGUCGGACCAAAGAGGUUUACUCAUACCCAAGCCCACUGCAUGCUGUUGCCCUCCAAAGCCCCCUCUUCACCACCCAGAAUCAAGAACAGUCAGCCUCUGUGAGCCCUGAGGGACCCCAGCAUGAUGAACCCACAGAGUCAAAUGCUGACACAGCUCUGCCUCUCCAGCCUCAGCAACCUCCCACUCCACCCUCCUUCACCCAGUUGGAGCAGUACAUCUCUCGUCUGGCUCGCCAGUACCACUGUCGGGCAAAGUCCACCUCUGAUCUCACCUCACCUGCCACCCCUGGGCCAGUAACACACAGAGGCCUUUGCACCCCUGGCAAAACUCACGGAUCCACCCAGUCUCUUUCUGCCUUCGAGAGCCGCAGCACACCCUCCACCCAGCCAGGCGUCAACAUCACACCCUCUAAGUCACUGCUAGGGAACUCAGCCAGAGUCAGCCUUAGCACCACCGGAAAAAAGGGCACCAGGAAUUCAAUCAACCUGGGAAAUCUUCCUUCAGCCACCGGAGAAGACUUAAACAUAAAUCUGCAUCUAAACCUCAACUUGAACCUGACUCCUGGUUUAAAUUCUGGUCAUGGGCUAGUGGACAAUCCCAGAAACGGAGCUCUGAGGAGAGACUUUGCGGCCAAUUCCACCGCUUCUGCCUCAUCACAUUCUUCUGCUACACCCACCCCAGCAAUGAGACCUCGUCCUCGCAUUUCAACUUGUCCAAGCAGCCUGAGCCACCGCAGCUCCCUUGAGGUCCCACUGGGGUCUGGAGCCAGCUCUGGGUUUGGCUCAUCAGCUUUCUGUCGCUCAUUAGACUGGAGCAGUGGUGCUCCACCUGAGGCUGGACAGCCAGUGUUUGGCACAAAUGCAGGAUCAGCUCCCGGAUCUCAGCGCAGCAGCUUGAUCCAGGAGUCCAACUCCAGUCCAAAGUUAAGUGAAGACUCGCCCAUGGUGGAGGAGAUCUCCCGCCUCUCUGGCCUGUCUCGAGCUGUUGUAGUUGGACUCAUGGAACAAGGCGUGGAGCUAGAUAUUGACUGCUUCCCAACAGAUACUGCAGGUGAGAUGAGAAGCCACACUAAAACUCACCUGACAGCUCAAACAGAUCAGUCACAUGACUAUACUAGACUGACAGACUUGAAUCCCCAGAGACCAAUACAGCUGUCUCUCAGUGUCACUCAUUCUCCACAGUCUCAGUCCAGCCUCACCCCUCCUCUCUCACACUCCAGCAGCCCCAUACACCCCUACCAAUCCAUGCACAUUCCCUCCUCCCACUACUCCUCACACUCCCACUACCAACAGACACCUGACCUUCCUUCCUCCACAGCCUCCUCACCUGCCUCCCGUCCUACCCCAAGAGGUCGCUCACCUCCACGCCCUCUCCAACCAUCCCCCCUGGGUGCGACUCCCCUCUCUGUUUUCAGACGAGAUGCACCAUUCCAGUGCUCCCUGCCCCGCACCAAUACCAGGACCUCUCCUUUUGAGCAUGGCGGGAUCCAACCAAGAGGAGGAUCACUUCGGCAGAGCAGUGGAGGAGGCGAGGGCAACAGCAGGCAGAAGAGGGCGGAGGGUGAUGGGCUCUACAGAGGAAAACAUGCCUCCCAUAAGCUGAUCAGGGCAGCAACAGUUAGCAGUUAUGCAAAGAGAGAGGACUACAGCUCAGUUUGGCGUGAGGAGGAGGAGAAGUUGCGAGCAGCCGCUCACACAUCCAACAAGUCCUCCAGCAAACUCUGGAAGGGCUUUGACGGACGCCUCUGGAGCAAAGAGUCUGAAAGUGAAAGAGAGGAGAUAGACAGGGCAGAGUAUGGCUAUGGCUGGAGAACGAACAGCGUGGGAAGCUGGAGAAGAGAGCACAGAAGGGUUAAAGCUUCUAGCAGCGGUGACAAAAGGCCUAAAGUAGACAACUCUCCUGUCUUCUCAAAGAAGAGAGGUAAAGAUGAUGGGGAGAGACGCAGCUCAAGCCUCAAGCUUUCCAGGCGGGCUCUGUUCAGGAGUGAAUCCCAGGGCUUGCUGGUACCUCGGAACCACAGCGAAGAGCCCACAAAGCGGCCACACUGGGUCUCCUCCUUGGACGUGGGGCAUGGUGGCAUGGGAAUCAGAAAAGACGAAGGGGUCAGACUACUGAGAGCGAAGGAGGAGGACAAACGGCUGUCUUCCACCGCCAGCCUCUUUAACCUCUCUCGUUCUCAGAGCCUAGAAGGCAGCUGCCAUUCACUCUCUCCUCUCUCCUCCCCUUCACUUUCUCCUUCUCCACCUCCACGGCUGCCCCUUCAGCGCUCCCGAUCACUGAGGGAUUUGGGAAGGAAAGUGUUUGGUUCAAUGAGGUCGCUUAGUCUCAAACAGAAAUCAUCCAGGAAGUGACUGCUGUACAAAAAAGUGAACUUCAUCGUUUGCGUUGUACAUUCAAAAAUACCAGUGACGAUUAGUAAUAUUUGAUGUUUAAAAUAAAGUGCCAAUAUUUGGAUUUUUAUGACUGAUCUGAUACACUGGCUAUGAGAUAUCCACUGGUCCUUUCACUCAUCUCCAGUGUGUUGAAGUUCCUCUCAGGCACAUCAGGUCUGUGAAGUUUUAGUCUUGGGUCACUUCAUUCAUUCUAGUAAUGUUUCUUUUGUAAAACUGGGCAUAUACGUUUUUAGAACCUUCUCAAAAAGUAUAAAAUAAAUGCGAACCUUCCCCAAACACGAUAUUUAGUAUAUAUGGAGCACUUUAAAGCUCAGAAGUUUUUGUAUUAGAAAACCAUGUAAUGUAAAUUGUGCACACCGCAGCAGCAAGAAAGAGGUGUAAGAUGCAACAUGGCCCACAGAGAAUUGUAAUACUGCUUGUCCAUUGAUGUGGUACCGGUCUGCAGCUAGUUCUGCUUUGGUACCUUUUGAGUAGCAGUCUACAGGUUUAUGCAUUUGAAGUAACUUCCACAGGAAAGAGACCAUGACUGACCUAACUUAUGUGAAUUUCUCUGAUAGCCACUAAAUAAUUUCAACUUUGACUCCAACAACUUUAUGCUACUGUGCACUGCUAGCUAUUGGUACCAGGAAUACUCUAUGUGUGGCAGUCCUUCUAAAUUAGGCACCACAUCAGUGGAAAGGAGGCAUCAUUGAAGGGAACAUGAGUGACCUGUUAUUUAGGGGUGAAUGAUUCUUUUUAGGCUCUGUAAAGGGCUGCAACCCUUAUAAACCCUAAUUUUUAUCAGUGCGAAUGCCAUCCUGAAGAGGAACACUUCUGGGAUCCUAUUGUGACAGGAGAGUAGCCAUUUGAAAAUACUGUAGUAAUAACAACUGUAAGAAGCUUCAGUGCAUAAUCAUGCGUAUGAAUGUGUACGUGCACAAUCCCCUUCUGCAUGCUGCUCUGUGACUUGUUCAGUGAUUAUAGCUAUUGUGAGAGUGUGAUAUUCCUCUUUGAUCAUGGGCAGUAUUGCCACUGAAGUACAAUCACAUUGGCCAGAUUAUGACCAAAAUUAAGCAAAUACUCUUUAACUUGAUAUUUUGCUCAGGAUUUUGAAAUGAACAUUGAAUUAAAGUAUUGAUGAGUUAUCCAAGAUACAUAUGUGUCCUCUUAUGGCUUAUGACUAAUAAAGGAAACUUAUAACUGAA